UUCAUCGCGACGGUAGAAAGCGUGGCUGCCUUUCAACCAGUUACCCGGAGUUCUUCGGCAUUGAGUUGCCCUGCACCUCCGGCGGCAGUUUGUUGCCGGUGAAUGGCUCUCGCGGCCGGAUCGUUCGGCCGCUCUGUGUACUCCUGUUUGGCCGUCGCUAGCGACGCGUCGGCGGCGGCGGUAGCGAUCGAUCGGUGCACGGCGCACCUGGUCAGUGUCCAGCGGCGGUGGGGACCGGUAGCGACCGGCGGCGGCGGCGGCGACCGGGAAAACAGCUCAGCUCAGCCGGGCCCAGGCGGCCCGCCGCUCCAACUAUGGGAGAGAACAUGAACCGGUACAUGACGCUGGGCCAGCUGGGGGACGGCACCUUCGGCUCGGUGGUGCUCGGACAGCGCAUCGACACUGGCGAAAAGGUGGCCAUCAAACGGAUGAAGCGGAAAUACACUUCAUGGGAGGAAGCGAUGAACCUGAGGGAGGUCAAGUCCCUGAAGAAGUUAAGUCAUGCGAAUGUCGUCAAAUUGAAGGAGGUCAUACGAGAAAAUGAUACCCUCUACUUCGUCUUCGAGUACAUGAAAGAAAACCUCUACCAGAUGAUGAAGGAGAGGGACAAGAUGCUCUCGGAGCCGGUGAUUCGCAAUAUCAUGUAUCAAGUCCUGCAAGGCCUGGCGUUCAUGCACAAGCACGGCUUUUUCCAUCGAGACAUGAAGCCUGAGAAUCUACUCUGCAUGGGACCUGAUCUGAUCAAGAUUGCUGACUUCGGUCUGGCCCGUGAGAUCCGGUCCAGGCCUCCGUACACGGACUACGUUUCUACCAGAUGGUACCGCGCACCGGAAGUGCUACUGCGUUCGACCAGCUACAGCAGCCCCAUCGACAUCUGGGCAGUCGGCUGCAUCAUGGCCGAGGUCUACACCUACAGACCGCUGUUUCCCGGCAGCUCAGAGAUCGACGAGAUCUUCAAAAUCUGCUCCGUGCUAGGAACUCCCGAUAAGCGUGACUGGCCGGAGGGACACCAGCUGGCCUCGGCCAUCAGCUUCACGUUCCCCCAGUUCAGCCCGACCCCGCUGGAGACGCUCAUACCCAACGCCAGUCCGGAGGCCAUCCACCUGAUUCGUGACAUGCUGCUCUGGAACCCCAGCAAACGGCCCACGGCCCAGAACGCCAUCAGGUACUCGUACUUUCAAGUCGGACAGAAGCUAGGCGGUGGCAACGCCGGCGGUGCGAUGGGUUCUCAGGCCGCCUCCAACGCCUACAUCGGACAGACCGGCAACGUACGGCGCUCAAACAAGUGGGACGACGACGACUUCAAGGAUGUCAUGGGCAACAUGCAGUCGAGCACGGUGGGCGGCCGGGGCGGCGGCGGCGGAGGCGACGGCAGGUCCCAGUCGCGACACAUGACCGCCAAACAAGUGUACCUCAACAAGUCGCGCUACGUGGCCGGACACAACACCAAAAACGCGCAAUAUGGCAGCGGCGUGGCGCACGAGCCGGCGCCGCCGCACCACGGCGGCGGCGGCGGUGGCGGCGGGGUGCGGUCGGUGGUCAGCAGGGGAGCCUCGUCCAACACCACCGGCGGACUGCACGGGCGCACCGACUGGGCCGCCAAAUAUCUCAAAUGAGAGCGCACCUCUUCUGCAAGCUGAGUGCGAAGACUGUGAUGCAGCUACCCUCGUUCGCCUGGUGAAAGAGCAAGUCCUGCUAGCCGUCCGACAUUGAAAGCCUACGGAGUUCAGGAUGACGCUUCGAGAGAGAGAGAGAGAGAGAGAGAGAGAGAGAGAGAGAGAGAGAGAGAGAGAGAGAGAGAGAGAGAGACCCGCGCUCCUUCGGUCAUACGGUGCUAAGCCGUUGGUGCGGGCCAACUAACGCCAAUCCAGAAACUGGGAUUGUUGUUCGUUUGACAUUGUGUAACGAUUACGCGAAUAAUUACAGAGGCGUUUGACAUUUUUAGACGUCUUAUAAUGGCGUGCCUUGGGGCCCGCCGGCUGCCAAGGUUAUUUGAACAUAUCAAUUAUUCACUAGUCCGUCCUUUUCCUAUUAAUUAUAUCGACCACUGAUACAGCGUAAACCAACAACGCAACCUCUGUUAAACGGGUUUUAAGGCGUUCUUCGCGAUGACCUAAAUUGUUGUAUCGUUGUGGAAAUGUGAAGUUACUCAUUUCAACUGUAAUCGCAUUAGUUCUAAAGCACGGAUAUCAAUCACAAAUUUGAAGCGGUGCGAAGUCGCACUCUAGCAGCCGGUUUCAUAAAGCUUAUUAGUAUUUCUAUCAAUGUGUAUUUUACGUCCUAAGAAGCUACGCCCUCUCGAAGUGGAUGGUUUUAUCAAGAUCAGAGGGCAUAAUAUGCGCCAGUUGUGUGUUUCUGUUUGUUUAGCACUGUGUUUUACUACACCCACUGCUUAAGUCAUCAUUGAGUCAUCAUUUGGUUACAUAGACAAUUGCUUUAUGAAACCAUUCGAGCGUAAAGCGCAGCAGAAUGGGUGGGAAACCGUGUUAGCCGCGUUUUGCGCCCUUUCAUGAAAUCGGCCACUGAUGAAACGCGGCAACGCAUAACUGUAAUGUGAGAGGGUCGUAGACGUUACCAAUGUAUCGUCAUAUAUGUGAGUCGCGUGGAUAUACCAAUUAGGUGUAGGUAUAUGCUGUUUUGUGCCUUAUGGAUAACGAUACAGCGCCGUCUAUGUGAUUGGUUUGGACGUUAUAACCGGGUGUUGAAUGCCCUUAUGCAUAUGCAUAUAACGAUAUAUCAUACCAUAUAUCUGGUUAAAAGUCGCUACAGAUAUGCGGGUUGGGCAUGCACACAUGUAGCGCUAAGCAUUGUCUUCAAUGUUUUGCCCGCACAAAAUAAAACGAUGCAAACCAAUAAAAAGACUUCUGAAUAGCAUGCAGUACAGCUCCGUGCGUUGUGCAACAGCUCCGGAUAAGAGACAAAAAGCACACAAAUCAUGGGGUUCCUUGGGCAUCACUGAAGAGGCGCACGUUUUCUUCUCAUCUAAGGGAACAACAUUUAAAAUCUACCUCGAGAACAGCGGUAAAAAGACAAAGAAGGAAAACAAAACGUAUGUAUUAUAAAGCUUUAAAAAUACUUCAGGCAUUUGGCCUCAGUCAGCUGUUUGAGGACACGCCAUUUUCGUCAUCCCACACGAAGGAAGACUAUGCAACUUUCCAUUAAUUAACAUCACAAUAAAACAUUUUAUUGUCUCAUACAUGUCAAAAUGAAAUAGAAGUUUGACUCCCUCGGAAGUGUAACAAAUUAUGUCUUUGCAGCCAUUCAUCGUUUUCGUUUCAGUCACCAAAUCAUAUAAGCAAUGCAGCAGUGAAUACCAAUUUCAAACAAAAAGCACUGAGGCUUUAAUAGCGCUUGACACCCAGCCACGACAUCGUCAGUGCUCGCUCGAAGGCUUUUAUAUAGGGAGACAUUUCUCGAAAAAGCCUAUAAAUAAUCAGGCCGUGUCGCACUUCUCGCCAUAUCUAAUUCCCAGGGGCACCGAACAUCGGCACAAAG